AUGAUUCGUAAGCAAGCAAGGCAACGGCGUGACUAUCUCUACCGAAGAGCCCUGCUCUUGCGGGACGCAGAAAUCAGCGAGAAGCGAGCCAAGCUACGGGCGUCUCUGGCUUCUGGAAAGCCCCUGGACCCUACCAUUGCCAACGACAAAGCGCUCCGGAGGGACUACCAGUACGAUGAGUCAGCUCCCGACAUGAGUAUCAACGAGCAGUUGGACCUGGACGAUGAGUAUGCCCAGCUGUCGGGCAUUGUCGAUCCUCGCGUUCUGGUUACAACGUCGCGAGACCCUUCCACCAGAUUAUCCGCCUUCGCAAAGGAGAUAAGACUGCUGCUGCCGACGUCUGUGCGACUAAACCGAGGCAACCUGAUUCUGCCAGACUUGGUAAAAUCAGCCCAAACCGCCGGAUUGUCCGACAUUGUUCUUCUUCAUGAGCACCGUGGUACACCAAGCGCCUUGACAAUUUCGCAUUUCCCACACGGCCCAACCGUUUCUUUCUCUCUUCACAACGUCGUGUUGCGCCACGAUAUCCCGGGAAGUGUCAGGGGCACGGUUUCGGAAGCCUACCCACAUAUUAUUCUCGAGGGCUUCACCACACCUCUCGGCAACCGAAUCGCCAAGAUUCUCAAGCACGUCUUCCCGCCCAGAGAAGCGAUUACAGCCAAGAGCAAGAUGGGAAACCGGGUCGUCACCUUUAAGAACAUUGAGGACAGCAUUGAAGUUCGGCACCACGUAUUCGUUCGAACUGGGUACGACAGCGUUGAGUUGGCAGAGGUGGGUCCCAGAAUGACUAUGCGACCGUUUGAGAUUCGCGGAGGCACCCUCGAGAACAAAGAGGGGGAUGUGGAAUGGCAUCUGUCGCAGUACACGAGGACGGCAAAGAAGAAGAACUACCUGUGA